AUGAAUGGACAAUCUGAGCUGGACGUGCAAUUGGUGGUACCGCGGUACGUGGAACGCGGCUCCAGCGCCACUUUUAAAUGUAGACACAAUGUGCAACCGGAAAUCCUUUAUAAGGUGACGUGGCUCAAAGUUGACAAGGGUAAAUUCUUUGAAUUCAUAAACGGACGGAAUCCGCCAUUCCGGAAUACGUCCAUUGGAGGCGGUGAAAUCGAUUGGGAGAAUUCCAACGAGACGCAGGUGACAUUGAAAAAUGUUGACUUUGAUUUGUCGGGACAAUUCUUCUGCGAGGUUUCAACGGACGCACCCAUUUACACCAAGGCGUCUGUAGAUGAAUUGUUGUCAGUAUUUUUGCCGCAAACUGGACCGCCCAUAAUAAAAUUCCGGAAGCGAAUGCCAUUUAUCAUCGGCGAAAAAUUAUUUGCUUUGUGCAAUACGACCCGUGCUUUCCCCGCACCGCACAUCACGUGGCUCAUAAAUGGCAAGAAGGUUGAUGAUAAAUAUGUGCGUACACAUCACGCCUACUCGAUGACCAAUAAAAGCCAUCGCCGAGCGCAACAACAGCAUCAAAUACAGCAGCAAUUACUGCAGCAGCAGUACUAUCAACAACAACUUCACAAUCAGUAUCAACCCCAAUAUCAAGUACCACAUUUGAUCGAUCGAUACGACAAGAGUUUGCGUUGGAGCGGUGGACGACCAGAUGAUUUCACUUCGCAUAGCGCAUAUCACCAUGACGGCCAUCACCAUUCUGCGAACAUCUACAAUAAUCCCUUCAGCUCCUUGGCCAAUAUGCAUGAAGUUUAUGAUAGCCAUGAGAUACAUCAGCGAAAUUACAAUAAUAAGCAAAGAGAAAUAAAGAAGCAUAUGGAAAUGAAGAAGCGCAGAAACUCAUCAAAGCAGAAAUAUCGCCGGCACAUCAACGAGAAUGCCCUCGGCAUAAUACGCAGCACCCUCAACAGCGGCGGAUUCGGGCCUCAGCCGCCUAACCUAAAUAACGAGCUCGGCAUACCACCAAACGCCGGACCGAUGAGUCAACUGGCUGCCGGCUAUGGACGACCAAUAUCACAUCCCGGCGGCGGCAUUGGUGUUGCAGCAGCAGCAGCUGCUGUAACGGCGGCUACAAAGGAGCGGGGUAUGUUCUCACUUAGCCAGCUUAAUAUUGACUUGGAGGAGGCGCACAACAACAAUGGCCGUAUGGAACUGACGUGCUUGUCCACAAUACCAUCAGCAAUAGGUCAAGGGGAGAUGUUUGCUGAUUACAAGACCUACUCGGUGAAAGUUGAACUCAUACGAGUGGAAACUUCAUCAACAACAACUACAGCCCCAAGCAUAGGAAUGGCAGCGCUUGGUAAUGGCGCCUCACAUUCCGGCGAAGCGGCGGCAGCUGAUAGACCAACCAUUAGCCUCACAAUUGCAGCCACAUACACAUGGGCCAUACUAGCAGUGCAGGUAGCUGUGUUGCAGAUGUUGUGCUACUGAAUGAUAAAAUAGAAAGCUCACCACUACGCACCGGCUGCCUGACGGUAGGUGCCACCGGCUUCGGUUUUCGAUGCAACCCCGUCUCGGCCCACCGAACGACCAACCGAAAGUAGAAACAAAAAUCUUGGUUCGCUGUAGUAAAAACUACAGUUAAACCCAGCUGAUAUGUACCUUUAGAAAAAUAUCCCUCUCUCUUUCUUCAUAUAUAACAUAAAACAGAAACAAAAACAAACAAGGCACAAAGUACAUACUUAGUAAUAAAAAAAGGGAAUAUGUAAAGGGAACUAAAUAUAAAAUUGAAACGACGAAUUGUAGAAAGUUAGUAAGGAAAGGUAAAAUACUUAUUUACGUGUACUUGCACAUUUGUUGUUGUCAAACAAAGGGCACAAGGGCGGUGCCGGAUAGCCUGAAAGCAAACAAUGAAGAAAUGACUGUAUGUAAAAAGUAGAAAUUAAAACUGAAGAAGAAGCAGCAGAAAUUUAAUAAAUAUAAAAAUAUAUAAAUUAAAAAAAAAAAUCAAAAAAAAAAAAACAACAGAAGCUAAAAGGGAAAAUCAACAAAAGACAACUAAAUGCAUGGGAAAGGAGAAAAAGAAAAACCAAACAGAGAAUUUUAACUGAAAAACUUUGUGAACUUUAAAAGCGAAACAAGACACAUACAUACAUAUGCCCAGCGCAUCAAGUACAGGACGAAUAGACUAAAUUUAAUUGCACAAAAGAAAUGAGACGAAACGCCCAACUGGCGGAAUGGGCCCAGCGACUCUCCUGUGUAAGCGUAAAUGUUUGUGUUUGCAUUUAAGUGUAUAGGUGUACUUGUAGGCGUGCGUGUAGAUGUUAGCAUCUACAAAGAUUCCUAUAUGUGGAAAAUUUUGAGAAGCUUUGCUUAUUUGCUCGCAAUAAAAGACGAAAUAAAACAAUAAUUUUUCUUUUCUAUAAAUACAUAUAUAUGUAUAUAUAUUACAAAAACAGAAAUAAAAUUAACCGAAACAAACUGAUGAACAUGGAGAAUAGUUAAGUGGAAAAUUUAAAUAAAAAAACAGGUUGCCAUACGAAAUCUGGAGAUCUGUACUUGAAAGAUGCAUUUGAAAACGAAAGGAUGUGGAGAUUUUUAAAGUCGUAAAAAAGUUAUAAAAAGGGUAGUCAAAGGAUAAUAAUUUUUUAAAAGAAGCAGCUCUAAAAAAUAUAAAACUGGUGGUAAAUUUCCACCGCAGAAUAUUUUCAAAUUUUUACAUAGAAGAAGAGCAUAUAAAAUAUAUAUAUACAUACAUACAUACACAUGUAUAAAAAGAGAAUUCGCUUUGAAAAGUUUCCAGCUCCUAGUUGCAAAAUGUCGCACACACUGUAAGCAGUCAAAAUGCAGAAUUCAUUUUCUAAAGCGCUUCGUGAAGAUUUUCAAGGUAAUUCUAAUUUGAUUUUCUUUUGAAAAAGAAUAAAUAUUUAGAUAAUUUAGAGGUGAUUGAAAUUAUUUACUUCAGUAUGAGGCCAAAAGUUAUUGUACGAAGAGUUGGGUGAAAAUAAUUUUGUAGAUUGGCAAAGAGCGGCAAAAAUUUUUUUGAGCAGCUGCAAAAUUUUAAGAGAAAGAAAGUAGCGAAAAUUUGCGGCAUAUUGAAAUAUUUGGGUACCUUUGUUCACAGGUUUUAAAAAAGAGUUCCAAACAAAACUUCCUUUCAUGCUUCGUAUACUUGCAUUUUUGAAUUUGGAGCAAAGACAAUGCAAUUAAAAGAAAUUAAAUUGCGUAUAUCUAAAGCUGUAGAAACCACAACAAGUUUUAAACACAAAGGAAUGUUAAAGCGAUAAGCGCGAAUGUUUCAAGCCGUUUUUCAAAUUGCUUGCGUAAAGAUCUGUUUUCGAUUUGCUAUAAAAUCCUGCGCGUAUGUGCGGCGGAUGGUGAGCAGUUGUUUGUUUCAGCAGCAAUCAAAAUCAAGUUUCCUUUAAGUUUGCCAAUUCUGGGAUCUACCUUUUGAGCCAAUUCUGGGCUCUGCCUAAUGCACGUGUCUUGCUGCAGCUGCACCCAGGCAGUGAUCUGCCUUGCUAUGAAACGUAAGUUAAAUCAACUCAAAGCUUUCCGAACUUCCCGUUUGUUUAAUAUGGAUUUAUUGCCUAUUGCGCCUAUUCAUUUAUUCACCAGAGUCAGUCUGAAAAUAAUGUCUCAGUUUCCUUCCCUUCCAAGUAUGAAUCGCACACCAACUACAUAUCUGCGUGCUAUCAUACGAGCUGCAGUAGACGUUACGUGCUGAAUAUUUUUUUUGGCCAUGAGCCGUUGGUUUCAUCUUCUACACUGCAGUGACCUUUUUAUCUUCCUUGGACACUCAGCAAUUGGACGAAGCCACUUUUCUCAUAGAGAAUUCGUGACCCUUGUGUGAUAUGUGGAGGCUGUCAAUGCUUAGGACGGUCAUUGACUGGGCUAUCGGGCUUUUUAUGGCUCGUACAUCGCCAACACUUGGUGAGCGAGAGCUAACGCCCUCGUCUGCCCUUAUCGCCAAUUUUGCAUUGAGUGGUGUAGUUUAGCUUGAAUUUGAAAUAUGUAUGCACAAUUGAGAAAUUCUUCCAUUAUCAUCCAGCAACUAACAUUCAGAGACAAUCGCAGUUAGAAAACAAUAUCAAUAUAACCGUUUAUAUGUGUGAGUUGCGUUCGAUACCCAGUAAUAUGCAUUUUUACAUGUCUAUUUGCGAAAACUCCGUUUUUAAUUUUUCUAAAAGCCCAUCCGAUAAUUACAAUCAGUACUUAGAUAGUUAAUUCCUUUAUUGACAGACUUCAAAUAUUUGCAUUAUUGGAAAAUAUGCGUAGUAUCUGUGGAAUAACCAUUGAAGAGGCAAAUUCCGCAAUCUCUCUGUUCGAAAAAUGUAGUAAUUGAGGCUUUGGAAAAAUAAGUCAUUAGCGCAGCGUAUAAGCUGAUUGAUGAGUUCUACGCAUAGGAUUUCAUUAGAGAAGUCAAAAGAAUUUUCAAAAUUGUAUAAAAAUUACUUAUAUAUACAAAUAUACAUAAUAGGCAUUUAGGGGAAAUAUCCCAAUGCGUUAGUCGAUCGCAGCAAACGAAGUGGUUUAUUGUACAAUUUCCAUAUUUUUCGAUGUGUGUGUUACUACAAAACUAUUUACAAACUCAGCAGCACAUUUGAGUAAAAGCCCUAAAAACAAGCAGGCAACAACAAAAUACCUAAAUAAAAAAUAUAUGUAUAUGUUUUUCGAUGCGUCCAAUGCAAAAAUUUCGUUAGUGUAGUAACCGAAAAAUACAAUACAUAAAAAUUAAUGUAAUACAAAGAAUCCAAAAAACAAAACCCAAGAAGCUUAAAAAUACAAUCAAUGUUGAGAACAAAAUAAAGACCAAAUUAAUUCAAGACCCCAUUUACAAAAGCAAAAAUUACGAAAAACUGAAACCUAAAUACGAAAAACUAAAAUAUACAAAUGUUGAUAAGAAUUGCGAGCUACAUUUGUAUUUACAAUUUUAGUAACUGCGGAUAUUAUAUUAUAUAUGUAGGUGUGAGUGUUAUUAUUGUAUAUGUAUAUGUUAUUACCAAUUAAUUAGGGACGCUAGCACAUAUUCGUAUGUCUUAUCAAGUCUGGUUUAGAGAGCAAAUUUAUUAUUGAAAGUACAUAUUUUUUUAUGGCGACAUUGCAUUCUAACUUUAGAUGCUUACUACUUCAUUUGAAUAAUGUGCAUGUAUUUAAAAAAAAAAAAAAUUAUAUAAAAAAGCAAAAAAGGAAACCUAUUAAAUUAGUUUUGGGUAGAAAAUUAUGCAAUAGCUGAGUAUUUGUGCUCGUAUAGUUAGAUAAGUGGCGGCCUCCUUGUGCAGCGGCAAAAACUGUGUGGAAAGUGCACCACGAGCCGGAGUAAUGUUGCCCGAUCCUCUCUCAAGGAUAUAUGCGCCAGUCUAUUAUUGUUAUUAUUUAUAGUUAGGUAUUGGCAAAAGAUAGAAUUUGUGUAGUCAAUGUAGAAAUUAAUGCUGUUAUGUGUGGCAAGUGUCAGUGAGAUCAAAAUACCACAUACAUAAAUGAAAACCCAAUUUUCAUACAUACAUAUGUACGUGUAUGUGUAUACAUGCACACACACACAAAACAGCCAUAUACAUACAUAUAUACAUUUAUAGUGUAAAAGAUUUAGUAAGAGUAACUCAUAUACAUACAUACAUACAUGCACGUGUACGUAUCAAAUUGCGGGCAACCAAAUCGUCUCAACGCUUUAAGUGUCUACAAAAAGUAUUUAGAAAAUAAAUGCAAUUAUACCUACCUAUAAAAAAAUAACCAUUGCAAAUUGAUAUUUAAAAAUUAACCAAAAAAUAUCGUAUGCCGAGAGUACGUGCAAAAAAUUAAAGGAUUUCCUAACAGAUGACUAUAUUUAGGUGUUUCGUAUUGGUAAGUUUCUUUCUAAAAAAUAAAAACAUAAACUCUUGUGCAUGUAAGUAAUUGUGUGAGCCUGCGAAGAAAUUUCUACUCAAAAAAAAAAAACAAAAAAACAAAACACAAAAAAUAAAUAAAUAAAUAGAAACCAUAACAAAAACAGAAAUUUAAAAAUUAAAAUAAAAGCCAAAGCAAAAACGUUAAGGUAACUAAAAUAAACUCAUAACUGCGAACUGCAAAUACACUGAAGUAUUGAUUUCUUUUCCAUACAAAACAAGUGAACACUAAAAUGGUUGUUAAAUAAUGUCCCCAAUAAUUCAAAGUACUAAAAUGAAAUUUAAUCACUAAAAUACUUAAAUACAAACAUACGUGGGUACAUAGAAAAUAUAUGUCACAAAUAUACUCGUAAAUAACUUGAGUUUCACACAAUAAAAUAAAAUUAUUUUCAAUAGAAAAGAGCCAACCGCAACCAUAAGAAACAUAAUUCAAAUACCUAUUCAAAAAUCCGCAAAUGCCCAACUGGAAAAUUUACUCAAAAAGCGUAAAAUUUAAACCAAAAAUAAAUGAAACACAAGUAUAAAGUAUAAAGAACAAAAAACAAGGUCGGGUUUUUACGAAAAUUUAUGUAUGUAUAUGAAAACAAAAAAAUAGAAAAAAUAUGAAUAUGUUAAAAAAAACUAAGAAAAAAAAUGGCUAAAAUGUCUUAUGCAGGUAUUGACGUCUUCCUAUGCUACGCUGUCUAUUAUUAACUAAACAACAGAAACAAAACAAAAGCAAAAAACAAAAAUGAACCAAAACAAAAAGAUAUAGAGAUUAUUUGCAUUAAUUAUACAUUUACAAUUUAGAUAUAACAAAUGAGAAAAAAAAUGAAUAAAUAAUAAUAUACAUACAUACAUAGCAACUGAAACUACUUGUAUGGUAGUAGUGCAGAGAUAAACUUAAACACAUAAUUUUAGGCGUAUUAUGAUAUUAAAUGAGUAUAUAUAUACAUAUGUGUAUAUAAGUAUAUAUAUAAUAUAUAUAUAUAUAUAUAUAUAUCAGCGUUAUUUAAAUUUUUAUUAUUACACAAAUGGUAAAUAAAAGUACGUACAUACAGACAUCCAUACAUACGUAUAAUGUAUUUGUCACACAAAAUUAUCAAUAAUGACAUAAUUUUUUUAUUUAACUAAAAUAUACAUACAAUUACCAUUAAUUAAAAUAAACAUGCACUCACAUACAUACAUAUGUACAAUAGUUACAUGCAAAGUUUUAGUGAAACAAGACUACGAAAUGAAAAUGCAACGGAGUACAUUUUCCUAAAGCCAUUUCAAUACCCGGCAAAUUUACUGGUUCAUUUGUUUUUCACAUCAAUUUGCAUACAAACAUAUACCUACACUAUAUACAUUGCAGAUUAUAUUUCUUAUUUUAUAUUCCGUUAUUUGCUAAACGAAAUUUGCAUGCAUUCAUUGAGUUCAGCGGCAGCUUUAUGGGUGCGCUGACAUUCACAAAUCUCAGUCUCUUUGCGCAAGGACUGGAUACUCGUAUUAGAAAGUGUAAAGGUAAAGAAAGCGCAAAAAGUAUUUACAAAUGAGGCUCAAUUUCAGCAAUUAUGUAUAUGUAUGUGCUGUGCGGCCGCCGUAGCCGAAUGGGUUGGUGCGUGAUUACCAUUCGGAAUUCACAGAGAGAACGUUGGCUCGAGUCUCGGUGAAAGCAAAAUUAAUAAAAACAUUUUUCUAAUAGCGGUCGCCCCUCGGCAGACAAUGGCAAACCUCCGAGUGUAUUUCUGCCAUGAAAAAGCUCCUCAUAAAAAAUAUCUGCCGUUCAGAGUCGGCUUGAAACUGUAGGUCCCUCCAUUUGUGGAACAACAGCAAGACGCACACCACAAAUAGGAGGAGGAGCUCGGCCAAACACCCAAACAGGGUGUACGCGCCAAUUAUAUAUAUAUAUACGUAUAUAUAUGUGUUGAUACGAUGUGCAUUAGAUAUGUGCAUACAUACAUAUCUACAUGUAAUAGAAAACAUAAAAACUAUCUUUUUGCAAGAAUUUGGGAAAAUCGUAGCUUCAUAUCUUUUCCUUGAUAACUACCGAGCUUUCAACUUCUUACUUCGCUUGCAUCUGCAGCCCGUAUACCUGGAUGGUCCUGAUGAAUACAAGUGUAGCUUUAGUGUGACGCUUAUUUUUUAUUACCGAUCACUAAAAUGGCCUUUUUCCUGCGAUUGAAAAUCAUACAGUAAAGUAUUAUAUUUUCUUCAUGAAAGUCACCUGCCGUUGAAAAUCAAGUCUUAUGUUUCUACUGAUGGCCGACUAUGACACCGAAACAACAAGAAAAACAUGGCCAUCGUACGCUCUCGCUCAAGUAUCUCACGUAUCACUGCAACCCUUACAAGUCACUGGAAGGUGGGGGAUCAUGCAGCCAGCCUUAGCCUUCCUUUCGAUCCCAUCUGCAGAAGCUGUCAGGCCGAGGGGGUGAAAGAAAGAUUUUUACACAAUUUAUGCGAAUGAUCAGUUCUACUUAGAGCAAGACUUCGCUCUUUCGUUAAACUCUCCCUACAGCAAAUUAAUGAAAACUCAGGCAUCGAGAUCAAAAUUUUACUGCAAAAAAUGGAAAAAACAACAAGACAUCAUACGAGAACAGUGGCAGAAAACAGGAGCUAAUCACUAAUAAGGAUUAUUUCAAAAGAAAUAAUUGAUUUUGAUAAAUAAAUGAUUUUCCUUAUAGCUGCUUGUUAAAGGAGCGAGAUUCCUGAGAUUCUUGAAAUAUCCUUUAGUAGAAAUGUCAUGCAGAUCGAUUGAAUUCUAAAGCUCAACUUAAAGGCAUAUGCACAAAUACCUAGUAUGUACAAAUAUGUCCUAAAGCACAAAUCCAUGAAUAAUAUUUUAUGUAGCCAACCUGGGUGGCCGUUUGCUCAAAUGCAUUUGACGCCAGACUUUGUUUUUCACCACCUCAGCUGCUUUCUGCAAAGUUGAGGGCCCUCAGAAAUCUUUAAAGUUUCUCCCAAGAUUUGCGCACCCAUAGUAGCCAAAAAUUCUCUUUUACUUUAAAACUUGGUAUUAAUCAUUCUCUCAUCGCUCGUUUCCCGAACUAUUACACCGAACGAAAAAAACGCUCAGUUGCCUUUUAUUAUUAUACACAUAUAUAUAAAUACAUACAUACAUAUAUCAGAAUUUGAUUUUUGUAAGGAAUGAAGAAGAAUAAUUCAAAUAUAUAUGGCCUGAAAUCUCAUAAUCGAAAUCAUAAACAUUUACACGUCUAACGCGUUUAAUGAGAAGAGCAUAAGUGUCAUAGCAAUACGCAAAACAUAUCAUAAAUGUUGUAAUUUACUGUGUUAAUGCAAAUGUGGUGGAUUCACAAAACUCCAAAUGAACUCAUAAUAUACAAAAACUCAAUAUAUGUAAGUAUGUAAGCGCACCUUUAACAUACCAUACAAGAAUAUUUUCAUGUACAUACUUAUGUAUAUUUAUGUAUUUACACAUAUCCAUUUGCUCGUAUGCACGUACAAACAUACGUACAUAUACAUGAAUGCAACAAAUUUAAAGUUCAAAAAUUUAAAAAGUAUAUUUGUAUCACACGUAUGCGCUUAUUUAUUUGUUUGUAAAUGCAAAGUAAGAAAACGAAAUAUCUCAUAAGGCCCGGUGAGCCCGCGACCGCUACGUGGCAAUUUGGUUAGUGCGAGUAUGAGGUGUAGUAUGUCACGCGUUAUGUCUGAUGAUGAGUAAUUAAAAUUCGAGCCCGUGCGGUGUGUAUAUGUGCAUAUAUUUUUGUCAUCAAUGUCGAUGUUGUACCAAAAAUGCAAAUAUCCAUAUGAAACCUAAGCAUAUCCACGCGUGCAUAAAUAAAAGAUAUAUUCAUAUAUGCAUGUAAAUAUAUACUUCCAUACACGCAUACAUACAUACAUAUCUAUAGCAGAUGUCAUACAAAUGUCAAGUGUCACACAAAUGUCACAGAAAACCAGAGUUGCGUUACGCAAAUUUUAUUUACAAUCAAAAGAUAAAACGGAAUACAUUUAUAUCACGAGUACACACACGCAUACCUACAUACACAUACAAGAUGGAGCGGAAGUGAAUUCGAAGAAUAAGACUUAGACGGUGAAACGCUUGUUGAAUGCGAAGAAAUGAGAAUUAUAAAUUACCAUAAAAUCCAUGUCCUUGCUAGUCAUUGCAUUUUGAUAAGAAUGAAAGUCAACGAUGAUGAUGGUCUUUUUUGCAUACAUACAUAUGUAUGUGUACAUACAUGCAUAUAUAUACAUAUGUAUAUGGAUUUUAUUACGGUUGCUGUUGUUCCUAUUUGGGGUUGAACAAAAUACGUAAGCACAUCCAUAUGAACUUUGGUGUGUCCUUGUUGCCUAGUGUAUGCAUGUUGCCUAGUGGGUGUGGUGCAUUUUGCGAACAUUUAUAGUAGAGGAGAAAUACAGAACUGCACAGCAGAUACAUAUUUACGAACAUAAAAUACCAGACCGGAUCUUAUUCGAUGGCUUUUUCGUGGAUCUCAAGCUUAAGCACCCAUUCAUUGUAUGAUACAAAUACAAAGACAUGCGCUAGUUCAAUAACACGUUUUGUAGCACCCCGGAUUCGGCCACAAUUUUUAGUGCCUCAGAGAUUCAAAAUGAAUAAAAAUAUAUGAAAUGCUUGAAAUACUUUAUUGUUGUCAGAUCUUACAACCAAACGCGUAGAAAACAAUAUUUAUAAGUACGAGUUAAAGUAUGUGCAAUUGUACGUCCUCAAGAAUUUUACAGCAACUGUGUUUUUAACCCGUGGGAAUUUGGUUGGACUGUUAUUUUUAAUUGGGAAUCGAAUGGCCAAUUUAAAAUUGCAUUUACAUUACUAAAUUUGCAUGUGAAUUCUCAAUAUUAAAAAAUAAAAAUAACUUAAAACAACGCGUACUUUAUGUUGCUAGGUAUGAAAUAUAGUAAAUACCUUUGGUUUCUGUAAUAAGUCAAUUUCGACAGUAGGUUAUUGGCCCGCGGUUCCUAUCCUCGCGAUGGGAUUGCCAUCUCAAAGCAGGCGGGAACAGCUACUUGUAGGCAGCCGCUGAUGCGAGACAGACGUGGAACGUGAUAAUGAUGAUAUGCAUUUGCUAGUUUCACCAAUUACCAGAAAGCAAACCGUUUAAAAUAUAAUAUUCUAUCUCACAUUCCUACACAUGAACUGAGAUCAAACUGGUCAAGUUUUUCAAUAACCUUUAAAAGUUUUAGCACCAGCCGCCUAAAACUAGUCAAUACCUUAAAAAUUACUUAACAUUAAAAAAGGGCCUUAUGAGCCCUCAAAGGGCUAUAAAAUUACUUAGACAAUUUUUGUUUCAACAAAUACUUUAGAAGGAAUCAUUUUGUAUACUAAAUAGAUUGGGAAAUGGCGAUAAAGUUCCAUCAGGCUUUAAAUAUUUUUAAUAAACUUAUGAACUGUUUUCGAUAAAAUUGGUAGAAGUGGAAGUUUUUAAAGCGAUAAGCCCAUAAAGUAGCUUAAAGCGCUGCUGGAGGUUCUUUUCUGCGGGCGCUGUUUCACACUGGGUUAUCUGGUUGUUUUAUAUUUUUCAUCGAUGCAAAAUGGCUGAGAGAGUGAAACGUCUUAAAUUAGCCGAAUUAAGCGAUGGAGAAGCCAGUUGACGAUGUUCGCUUUAAUGGUGUGAGCCAUUUUCCUAAAUGGUUGUCCAAGAAGGAGGCAAAAUAUGGUGCAAAUACUGCAAAACUUUCCAAACUCAGUGCCUUUGUGCAAAAUGCAUUAUCCACUUCUGCUGCUCAAGCGCCAAAAAAUUGUUUUUUUUUUUUUAAGUGAAAUGACAUAUUUUAAAUGUUCAACGUGAGCACGUCUACGGACUGUGCGAGAAUUUAAAUUUCCAAGGACUCACUCACACAUUAUCGCAUUGAAUUCAGCAAUCUCGAUCCGAUUGUUGUGUUUCAGCUCCGGAAUCAUUAUUGGCUUAUUCCCAUGGACUUCCCUUUUCAAAACAACCCACAAAAAGAAGUGUCGUGGAGUUAGAUCACACACGGGAAACUUAGAUCGCAAUAAUACAAUAUAUUCCCAUGACUGUUGACUAUCCUUUUCCUUCAAGCUCAGGCCACAAAAAAAUCUUCCAUCAGUUGUCUAAAGUGAUGUCCAUUGACUGUAUGUAUUAGCUCUUUGAUUGACGUCAUAGAAGAAAAGCGGGCCAAUUAUUCCACCAGCCCAAAAACCACACCUAUCAGUACAUGUUGGUAGAUAUAAUAAUUCUUCUGAAAUUAUGCGAGGGGUUUUCUUCUCCCCACAUACGGCAACUUUGUUUGUUGACAAAUCCAUCCAGUGCGAAAUUGAGCUUCAUCACUAAAAGUGAUUUUGCGUGUUCCAAGAACCAAUUCACGAAACUUCUGCAUUGGCUUCAAUUCUUGUGUGUUAAUUGGAAUUUGAAGGCAUGCAAGGCCAAAAAUGACAUGGAAAAAGUACCGUCUAGGUAUUAUUGACUACUGACAUCUACUUUUGAAAGCCCCUUUAUUAUAUUUUGCUCUGCUUAACUAUUUUUAUAUAUCUACUUCCAGAGCAUAUUCAAAAACUUACUCUCAAUCUUAUUGAGUGCAAUUUAAAUGCUCUAAAAUAAUAUCUUAUUAAAAUUUGUAUUAGUGAGAAUUAUAUUCUUUGUAAUUUUCCAAUUUCAAAAACGUACAAAUAACUUUCUUUUAUCAAAUAUAUUACAUAUUCCCCCUGAUUUUUUACAAGCUUCUCAAAUUUAGUUUUAAGUGCUAUCAGAUCAAAAGCAGUCAUCCGUCGUUCAAACAAUUUCGUCUCAAACAAUUCGCCGUUUACUUUUUGUAAGGAGAAUUAAAAUUCUUCCAACGUAAAGCUUAAAUUCCAUUAAAUACAGUGGCUGGUAAAUUUAUUUUGGGAAGUUGUAAUUACACUAAUACACUCACACAUUCAUACUCACAUAUUGCGCUUCAUGUUAAGAUACAGAUGUACCGAAAAUUCGUAUAGGUAAAAAAAAAAAAUAAUUGAUGUACUAAAUCAUAAAGCAGCUAAUACAAAACAGAAUCACACACAGCAACAAAAUCUACUAUUUGUGGAGGAAAAUACUAAAUAAAGCAUAUUAAAACAUAUUAUUAUCCUAUUAAAAAUUAAAUUAAUUGGUUAAACGGAAAAAGCAAAAUGCAAAAAGGAAGCAAAAACAUCACUUAAGCAAAAACAAUAUGUGAACUAAACUUUUGUAAAAGUAACACAAAAAUAUUGAAUAAAAACCACAUAAAUUAAAUAUUAUAUAUUUAAAGCAAAUAUACAAAAAUUACUAAUAAAUAUACAUACAUACAAGUGCAUGCAUAACUGUUUUGCAGACAACCGUAAGUAAUAUUAAAACAUCAACAGGAACAGUAAUUGAUAUAAAAGUACUAAAUAUUAAAUAAAUAUUAUAUGAUAAAAAACGGUAACAAUUUUAAAAAGCAAAUCAAGAGAAGUAAUAAAAGUUAAAUAUAUAUAAAUGAUUGUAUGAUUGGCAUUCAUGCGUACAAGAGGUACAAGAAAUUAAAACAAAAAAUCUAUUAAGUAAAAAAUAGUACCAAAAUACUUAAAAGGGAGUAAAUUCA